AUGAAGACCUCCCUGAUCACAUUUAGUGCCCUGCUCCUCGGCCUGGUCUCGGCCCAGAAUGCUGUCGUGAACAACCACUGUGACACAUCCGUGUAUGUGCAGUCGUUCCCUUUCGAUGGCAGCGCUCCCGGCCCUCUCACGACCACUGUCAAGAUGGCUAAGACAAAGACGCUGGAUAAGCCUCUCUUCUUUGGCUAUUCGUUCUCGUCCAACCCGGACUACGCUUACUAUGAACUGAGCACGGAAUGGGGCAACCCCUUCGCAGCGAACCCUAACUCGCUCAGUCCCGGGGAGGGCUGUGAGGUCUUUGACUGUGCGGCCAAUGAUGCCGCCUGCUACAGUACCCCAGCUCAUAAGAAGGUCUAUGGGUGCCCCCAGCCAGUCACCCUGACGGCGGACCUGUGUCAGUAACUAUAUCACCUACACUCUGUAAUGUGAUA